AUGAGGUCCAAGAAGCCGACACUGUAAGUCUGCAAAUCCCAUUCAAACAGGUGUGAGGAGCAAAGACAUUCCCAGGUGGCGCAUGUUGAUACGUGGCCAUAUAGGAGCUGAUUGUGAGCAUCUUUGCGCUUUUUUUUAAAGGGUUGUGCCACCCGCAUCCGAAAAUAGUGUUGGUUGUUAGAAAGUAGGUCGAUAGGAACUGAGAGCGACGUUUCUUUCCACGCUUUUGUCUCUCUUCUUUGUUUUUUUAGCGAGGACUGUGGGUUCUUUUUUUUUUUUUUUUUUCAUAGCCUACCCUUGUGUAGAGCGUUUUACGCACAGGUGGGAGAUACCCGCUCAGCAUAGGACAGCCCCCCUCUCUGCUCCUCAGCGGAUGAUGUGAGGAAGUGACAUUUCUCACCGCUGCGGUUCGGGACAGCACUGCUCCGCUGCAAACAGGUGUGCUGCUGUCCGGGUCACUUUAACUGGGAAAAACACGGGGAGGUAGCGUCCCAAAACCUGAACCGAGCUUCCUGGACGCGGGACAGCAGGGACCAGAGGAAGAAGAAUCAGCCCGCUCAAGUCUCCUCUUUAUUAGCCUGGGCUGUUAUAACGGGUUCAGACAGAGAGAGGGGGAGAGGGGGAGCGAUGGCAACGAAAAAGGCGUGCGUGGAUGCGCCCAAAAGGAGCCGGAGUCCGGUCGUGUUGGAGGCGGAGAUGUUCAGUGAAUUUCAGGACUGGUGUCUCCGAACUUAUGGAGACUCCGGGAAAACAAAGACCGUCACCCGGCGAAAAUAUAACAAAAUCAUGCAGACACUGUUGCAGAACGAAGAGUCGGACGGCGUUUAUGUCGACAACAGCCACAUCAACGCCAAAUUCAAAUUUUGGGUGAAGUCUAAAGGAUUUCAGGUCGGGACGAACGUGCUGGGAGAGCACAACAAGAAAGGAGCUCCUGGGAAACCCGUCCUAUAUGUCCCGGUCAAGUCAACGUGUGCGGAUGGGAAUUCGGCCCAGGACAACUCCUCCCUGAAGCGCGUAGCCGUGGUUGAAGACUUCUUUGACAUCAUCUAUGCCAUGCACGUGGAGAUGGGGGCUGAUCCUGGCAGAGCACCUAAACAUGCUGGCCAGAAGAAGACCUACAAAGCGAUAGCAGAGACCUACGCCUUCCUGCCCAGAGAGGCGGUGACUCGGUUCCUAAUGAGCUGUGGAGAGUGUCAGAAGAGGAUGCACAUUAACCCCAGCACCGCAGAGUUCAAAGAAAAUGACAGACCGACCUCACUGGUCCCGGACCUCAUUGAUUACAACAUGCCUCUCACUGCCACAUACCUGAAACAAAUGAAACUGCAGUGCAUGACCGCCACUGAGAGGGACGACAGCUCGGUGAGCAGCGAGGAGAUGAACAGCGCUGAGCCCACAUGGGUCGCAGCUGAGCAGCCCGCAGUGCCUGAGCCCAGUCCAACCAACGGAGAGAGGGUCAGCAACCCAGCAGCCACGGUUAAAGAAGAGGAUGAUGAUGACUCUUCGGAGAGUGGCAGCGCCAACGGGCUGCCGGCCCUGACUUCGCCGGAGGCGCUGGCCGUGGGUGGGAACCCCCCAGACGGUGGGGCCUCAUAUGGGGAGGUGACAGAGAACGGGUUAAGCGCCCCCCUGGACUUCAGCACCACCUCGUCCUCGUCUUCCUCGGAGGAUCAGCAGCCGGUCAAUCUGAGCGACAGGCUGCCUCCGGCCGGGAGCUCGCCGCCCGACCCCUACCCCGCAGAGCCCAAUAGGAAGUACCCCAUCAAAGCAGAGUACACCAACAAGUCCCCCCCUUACAGCUCAGGAAGCUAUGACUCUGUGAAGACCGAACUGAGCAUGAGCGCAGAGGACUUAACCUCCGGUCGAGCGCAGAUAAUCGACGACGACGACGACGAUCACGAUGACCACGACGACAGUGACAAGAUCAAUGACGCUGAGGGGAUGGACCCGGAGAGACUCAAAGCCUUCAAUAUGUUUGUGCGUCUGUUUGUGGAUGAGAAUCUGGACCGCAUGGUGCCCAUCUCCAAACAGCCCAAGGAGAAGAUCCAGGCCAUCAUGGAGUCCUGCGGCCGACAGUUCCCAGAGUUCCAGGAGCGCUCCCGCAAGCGCAUCCGCACCUACCUCAAAUCCUGCCGCCGCAUGAAAAAAGGCGGUUUUGAGAUACGACCAACACCUCCUCACCUCACCUCUGCCAUGGCUGAGAACAUCCUCGCUGCCGCCUGCGAAAGUGAAACCCGAAAUGCUGCCAAGAGGAUGCGGCUCGAUGUCUACCAGGCGUCGGAUGAGCCGGCCUCUGCUGACAAGACCAACUCGAGGGACCCGGCCACCGUCGCCCCGUCGGCGUUCACCAUUUCCAGCACAGCUUUUGCCCAAGACCAGCUCUACACCAACGGAGGCCUCAACUACAACCUGCGGGGAUAUGGGACAGUUGGCAGCAACCAGCAGAACUCUGGUGCAGCACAAACCAACGGUCCCACAGAUCUCAGUAUGAAGUCCAUCGGGCCAAACUCCUCCUCCUCCACCUCCAACAGCCACGGUCAGGGAGGCGGCGGCGGCGGAGCCUCGGCUCAGCUCAGCCCCCCGGAGGUGACGGCGGUGAGGCAGCUCAUCGCGGGGUACCGGGAGUCUGCGGCCUUCCUGCUGCGCUCAGCAGACGAGCUGGAAAACCUGAUCCUGCAGCAGAACUGAGUCUGAGCCAAACCGUGCCAACACGCCCCCCCCUCCCCACUCCUCAGCCUGUCCAUCUCUGUCCCUACACAUCCGGACAGACUGUCACAUACAAAGACACAAUCAUACAUGGGUGAUACUGCAGCGCACAGUGGGUCCUGUAGGUAUGGUACCUUUACUUAUUCCCACGUGUUUAUGUGUUUGAACGGGCCAGAACAUAAACAUAUCACAGGUGGAACGAGAUAUUUAUUUAUGCAUUUGGUUCACUUUGACCUUAGUGCCCUGUUAUCUGUAGCCAUUCAUCCCAUUCAGUUCAUUUUACCACCUGAACCUCCAUUCGUCUCAGGAAGCGAUGAUCUGUGUGGAAAAAAAAAAAGAAAAAGAGAUCGGUAGGCAGACUGAGGUGUUGAAUUAGCAUAUUACCAUAACGCAGCUCAUUUGUGACGAUGUGUGGUCAAACGAAUAGUUAAAUAGCAGUGAAUUAGCAUCAUCACUUACACAGGCUGGGACGUGGCAUGAUUUGAUUAGGUCGAGUCAUUUCUAAGCCAGGUUGCUCAAAAUCCGUAGAUGAAUCGCUGCUAAAAAAGAUGUGGCAGCCCGCCACUGACCUGUUAACCUCAACGGCUACCGCUGGAUGCGCUGACGUGCGAAAGAAAAUUUAAAAAUGCAGAGAUGAGAAAAUUAUAACAGUAUUUUUCAGUUUUCACCUGCGAAAUUUGACCAGAGAAAGGGAACAACAAGAGAUCCGUCGUUGUUGUGUGGUCAAAAUGAUACCUCGGUUCUGCUCAUUUGGAGUCGUUACCAGACACUUGUGGUUACUAAGAGACUCAUUACCCAACUUUAUUUCAGUUACUUUACUGUGAAUAUUCCUCUAGCGGACGUUUUUUUCAUUCCUCAAAGGGACAGAGGCUUUUCAGAAGCUUGGGUAUGCAAAUUGAGGUCACACCUGUCAGGGAAUAAAACGAGAUUAAUAUAUUGUUUAGACUCUUAGUGCUACUGGAAACGUGGAAAAAGGUGCAAUAUUGAAGAUAAUCAGUAAUGGUGUGCUUACUGAAAUGAUUUUCUAAAGCAUUUUAAGGCGUUUUAAGAGGGUGGCAAUCCAUCACAUCCCUCUCCUGCUGUAAGUUGUAAAACAAAAAAAGAAGAAGAAGUGAUAUCCCAUGCAGCAUUGUAGCCAAUUUCAAUGUUGUCGUUUGUUGUGAAUACUGGUCUUUACCGCUAACCUCACAGCCGAGGCACUUUUCAUGUCUGGGAUCAGUUAUCCGUCGUGACAAAAAGGAAAUGGGAUCUGGCAGAAAAGUGAGACUUAAUGUUGCACGUCUUUUUUAUUUAUUUAAUUUUUUUUUAAAUGAUUUUUAUUUUAUUUUUAAGUGGUUAUUUUGUGAAGGAAGUUCAGUGAGUGUUCUCGUGUCACACUCAUGGCACACAUAGCUCACACGCAUCCGCCACUUACAAAGUCAAGUGAAUGCAGCGUACUGGACGCAGUGUGAGACAAAAAGAAACCGCCCGUCCACAUCUCCACCAUCUGACCUCAGCGGUUUCAAACCCUGUGUCCCCCGCCCCCCGUCCCUUCCAGCACCAUGUCUGAAAACACACUGUUCGAAAAGAAGCAAGAGACAAUCUUUGAAAAAUAUGUAAUUGCAUCACAGUUUACUCUCCCAGCUUUCUGCUAUGGUGUGUGUGGUUGUGUGUGUGGUUGUGUGUGUGUGUGUGUGUGUGUGUGUGUGUGUGUGUGUGUGUGUGUGUGUGUGUGUGUGUGUGUUUGGUCUGAGGACACUCAAAAGUACUCAAAGCAGAUCUAGAGCACAGUCUCACAAUUUUAAUGGUGAGUCACUCGGCACAAAAAACAGUCGUGUAAGUGUGUGUGUGUGUGUGUUUUUUGUUGAUGUACGUAUUGCUAUUGACAGCGUGUUUGUGUAUAAGUGGAGUGACCCAGUUUGUACAACAUCAAUCUGUGAAGAUUUAAUUCAGUCGUCUGAAACAUUCCAAACAAUGACUCUUCAAGCAGCCCUCAGCGGCUCGCACCUUAUUGAUCUGUCAAAGUUCAGAGAGAUAUAUUUCUGUAUUUAUCACGAAUCUCAUCAAACGUGUCAUUAAUCCGUCUGUUUCAGCAUUUAUGCGUCCGUUUUCUCGUCAGAGUUGGACACGCGCUGUCCCAAAUGAACCAUUCCGCAUUUCAUUACCAUGUCACAGUUCGGGCUGCAUCGCAUUUACAUUUAAAUGAUCUAUUGCAAGUUUGGAAGCACUUUAUAGCUCAGGAUUAAGGUAACACAAUGACUCGAGUGUGUCUUUACCUCAUUUGGUUUAUCAGCUGCAGUUCAAACAGAGAACUGGUGACAACAAAGGACAAUUUGACACAGCUCACAAUCAGAGGCAGUUUUCAUCUAGAAAAAAACAAAAAAACGGCGUUUUUAUGGGAGCUCAGUUUGAACUCAUCAGUGUGGAUGGUCCUUCUGAGGGGCGUUUCAUAACGGAGGCUCAGUCUCUCUUCAAUUAGACUAGCAAAAUAUACCCACGUGAAUUAGUUUCAUAAAGUAGGUUUGAAGGGAAUCGUGAGGCAUUAAAUAUGUAUAAAGAAUAAAUGGACACGCAGUAAAUGGACAAAAAAAUGAAAUAAAAAAAUAUUAAGAAAAGACGACGCAAAAUCACAACCACAAAAAAAAAAAGUUAAACAGAACUUUAGUGGCUUGUCUUUCUACAUCCCUCUGUUGCUGUGCAUGUCUUCAAGUUAAUGUAUCAAGGGACUGAAUCAAAUUUAAGUUUGUAAAUGUGAAAGGCUUCAGAAAACCACUGCCUGAAUCUGCAGCUCCUCUCAGCCUCACGCAGCUUUAAUGAGUUUCGACCACAACUUAACGCUCUGGGUUUACUCUCGCUGCUCUCACACGGCCCUUUUCAUUUGCAACAGGCGCCUGAUUUCAUUGUAAAUCUUUUAAAACGCCACCUGUCCAGCGCGGAGCAGCAGACAGACGUGAGCUCAGAGGAGCCGUUCGCAGCCUAAGUGCCAGAUAUUUCCCCGAGGAGCUGGUGGAGACCAAAAACAGAGCUAAAACCUGCUUUAUGAAACGGUACCAGCGUGUCUCGUCUCUCUCUUUAUGAAACGCCCCCCUGGACUCAGACAGACGUCACCACAGAUGUCCGCGGGACCCGAGUCCUCACACAUGUCUUCCUCGUCUCCUUCAACCUGCUCGUUUUGUUACUGUAGCCAUAGCAGAUCCUGUGACCAUCUCGUCGAAACUCUGUGACGCCGUGUUGAAUCUCGUCCGAUUUUCACAACCGAACAUUUGCUUGCAGAUCGGUAUUCUGUCUUUAAGUCAACGCUGAGCGACAUUUUAGCUGUGUGCUGGAGUUACUGUGAUCGGCGACAACCCCUUGUUGUCAUGUUGUUGUUCUUGUUUUGUUUCGUUUUUUUUUUCCUAAUGAUUCCCAAUGGACUUUCUCUUUGUAUUGACUGGACAAUGUAAUUUAUUGGUGUUGAUUAAAAAUGCCCUGGUAGCUUGUGGAUUGCUAAAGUGGUCAGAUAAAUGUACUGUAUAGCUGUACAAAGAGUGAUAAAAGAUGUUUUAAGCCUUUCCUUUUUUUUCUGUGGGUACAGCACUGUUAAAAAAAAAAUCAAAGUGGUUUUAGCCCUUGCCUGUUUUAACUUAUCAUUUGGUGAUGGUCUGUAUUACUUCUAUUGUUAUUUAUAUUAUUUCAAUUGUUGCCUCUCCUGCACUGAUAAGAGACUGUAGCUCUGUGCAGGGGGUUGUACUGUAAACCUGUGUGAAGCUUUGUAUUUCUCCCCUCUGGUUUUGGACUCAGUGAAAGUGUGAUGUUUACAUGUACAGUUUUUCAGAUUCUUUGAUUUUUGCGUUUUAUUCAGACAACGUUUUUUUUUUUUUUUUCUUUCCUCACCUAUUUCCCCCCUAAUCUGUGUACAUUUGCCCAGAUUUCUUUCCUUUUGUUGUGUCAUUGCAUCAAAGUGCAGACGUGACCUCUUUGACGACCUGGUCACUCGGUCAGAGGGUGCCGUGACAACUGGCUGUGGUGGGCUCGGCGUUGUGGUGGCUUCCAGCAUUUUUAAAAGGUAAUCUUAAGUAAAAAGGGAGCGUCACAACUUCUCAAAGUGGACCGGCAAAGAUUCACUAUUAAGGAUUAAGACUUUAAUCAACUGUUUUAAAAUACUAUUGUGGCCUAAAUGGAGAAUGGUACAUUUAUUACACUACAUUAAGUGCUCAUAAACUUUUAAUGUCCCGGCCCGUGUUGUCAGGGAAAACUCCUUGUCCUUAACCCGACUGGUGCCCUAAAAGGUACACUUUGACCUGUUGUAAUAUCUCCUCGGUAACGUAAAAGCCAUUCCCCUCUCCUGGCCUUUUAAGGGGAACCCAUAAACCUCAGGAAAUACUGAAUCUCCAAUUUUAGUUUUUAUCCACUGAUUUCUUCUGAAAUGAGAUUUUAGUCUCUAACAAAAACCAUUAACAUUUAUAUGAGAUGUCUAUUGUUUUGUACAUUGAUCAUUGUGAUUUAAAAGUGGAGCUUUUUCCAGUACCUGUGACUUAAUAUUUUGAUUUUUCGGAGUGUUUAUAGGUAUGGAUAUUUAUUAUUAUAUAUGUGAAACUACAAAAAGACAAAAGACAAGGUUGAUACCUGUUUCAUUUGUAUGUUUCAUGCAAAACUGUCCAGGUGAGAUUCUCUCUGCCUCUUACAUAUCACUAAUGAGGGACCUGUGUGUUUGUUUGGAAAUAGCGCUUUUUCAGUGUUGCAUCAACGCUAUGAGAAAAAAAAGAGUAAAAAAACAAAAAACAAACAAAACAAAAAACACCAGUGGUUUACCAACAGCAGAGUUGCAAGGCUCUCCUCUUCUCCUGAGAUGUCAGUAAUUGAAUAAAAUAGUGCGAUGAGCUAUCAAACCGA